AUGGAAAUGGAAAAGGAGUUCGAGCAGAUCGACAAGGCCGGGAAUUGGGCGGCCAUUUACCAGGAUAUCCGCCACGAAGCCAGCGACUUCCCAUGUAGAGUGGCUAAGCUUCCCAAAAACAAAAACCGAAACAGGUACAGAGAUGUCAGUCCCUUUGACCAUAGUCGGAUUAAACUACAUCAAGAAGAUAACGACUAUAUCAAUGCUAGUUUGAUAAAAAUGGAAGAAGCGCAGAGAAGUUACAUUCUAACCCAGGGCCCUUUGCCUAAUACCUGUGGUCACUUUUGGGAGAUGGUGUGGGAGCAGAAAAGCAGGGGCGUGGUCAUGCUCAACAGAGUGAUGGAGAAGGGAUCGUUAAAAUGUGCACAGUACUGGCCACAAAAAGAAGAAAAAGAAAUGAUCUUUGAAGACACAAAUUUGAAAUUAACAUUGAUCUCUGAAGAUAUUAAGUCAUAUUACACAGUACGACAACUAGAAUUGGAAAACCUGAUAUCUAAAGAAACUCGAGAGAUCCUACAUUUCCACUAUACCACGUGGCCUGACUUCGGAGUCCCCGAAUCGCCAGCCUCAUUCCUGAACUUUCUUUUCAAAGUCCGAGAGUCGGGGUCUCUCAACCGGGAGUACGGCCCCAUCGUGGUGCACUGCAGUGCCGGCAUCGGCAGGUCGGGGACCUUCUGUCUUGCUGACACCUGUCUCCUGCUGAUGGACAAAAGGAAAGACCCUUCGUCUGUUGAUAUCAAGAAAGUCCUGUUGGAAAUGAGGAGAUUUCGGAUGGGGCUGAUCCAGACAGCAGACCAGCUCCGUUUCUCCUACCUAGCUGUGAUCGAAGGUGCCAAAUUCAUCAUGGGGGACUCUUCCGUGCAGGAGCAGUGGAAAGAGCUCUCCCACGAGGACCUGGAGCCCCCACCUGAGCACGUCCCACCCCCUCCCCGGCCACCCAAACGAAUCCUGGAGCCACACAAUGGGAAAUGCAAGGAGUUCUUCCCAAACCACCAGUGGGUAAAGGAUGAGUCCGAGGAGGAUAAAGAAGAUGACCCCAUCAAGGAAGAAACCAGAACCCUCUUGAGUGUCCCCUGUAACAUAGAAAGCACGAGUCAAGACACUGAAGUCAGAAGGCGGGUCGCGGGGGCAGGUCCUACCGAGGAGCCGUUGCCACCCAAGGAGGAGCAGGACCAGGCGCCGAUUCACUGGAAGCCCCUUCUGGUCAACAUGUGCAUGGCCACGGUCCUCACGGCCGGCGCGUACCUCUGCUACAGGUUCUCGUUCAACAACAACACAUAA